CUUCCCUCAACCUCCCAUCAGGCAGCCAUGGCGAGCAAGCCUCUGAUCGAGCUCGAGCAGGGCUGGAAGGAGCAGAUCAAGCCCAAGGGUAUCGACAUCCUCCUUGACAUCCUCGACAAGGGCUUCGACAAGGUCGCGGCCUGCCCGUUCCCGCCGCAGUCGUACAUGCCCAUUUACACGAUCUGCUACGACAUGUGCACGCAGCGGACGCCGUACAACUGGUCGGCGCAGCUCUACACGCGCCACGGCGAGACCUUUACCGAGUACCUCCGCACGAAGGUGCUCCCAGAGCUCCAGAACCAACACGAUGAGUUCCUCCUCAACGAACUGCACCGCCGCUGGCAGAACCACAAGCUCAUGAACAAGUGGAUGUCCAAGUUCUUCAUGUACCUCGACCGCUACUACGUCAAGCACAACGCGCUGCCGACGCUCGCCGAGUCGGGCCUUAACGCGUUCAAGUCGGUGGUCUUUGAGGGCAUCAAGAAGGACGUGGUCGAUGCGAUGCUCGAGCUUGUCGAGAAGGAGCGCGAGGGUGAGAUUGUCGACACGACGCUUCUCCGCAACUGCAUUGAAGUCUUUGAGACCAUGGGCAUGGGCACGCUUGACGUGUACGUCACGGACUUUGAAGAGCCCUUCAUCAAGCGCAGUACGGCCUACUACGCGACCAAGGCGCAGACGUGGCUCGAGGGCGACUCGACGCCGGCGUACAUGAUCAAGACCGAAGACUGCCUCAAGAGUGAGUCGAGCCGCGUCGCUCGCUACAUGCACUCGACGACGGAAGCGAAGCUCCUCCGUGCGCUCGAGAUCGAGCUCCUCGAGAAGCACCAAAAGACCCUUCUUGAGCGAGAAAACUCGGGCUGCAUUGCGCUGCUCCAGAACGACAAGUCGGAAGAUCUCUCGCGCAUGUACCGUCUCUUCUCGCGCGUGCCCGAUGGCCUCGCGCCGAUCGCGACGCUGGUCCGCCGCCACAUUGAAACCGUUGGCAACGAGAUUGUCGAGCGUCGCACGGCGGCGAUUGCAAGCGACAACAUCAAGGACCCGUCGUCGGACCCGACCUUUAUCAAGGACAUUCUCGCGCUCCACGACAAGUAUAAGCUCGUGGUCCAAGAGCAGUUUGGCGGCAACUCGCUCUUCCAGAAGGCGCUCAAGGAAGCGUUUGUCGAGUUUGUCAACAAGGACGUGGGCAAGGACUGCUCGGCCAAGCUCAUGAGCACGUUCUGCGACCGCAUCCUCAAGUCGGGGGGCGAAAAGCUCAGCGACGACCAGGUCGAAGAGUUCUUGCUCAAGAUUGUGAGCGUGUUUUCGUACUUGACGGACAAGGAUCUCUUUGCCGAGAUUUACCGCAACCAGCUCGCGAAGCGCCUUCUGAACCAGCGCUCGUCGUCGGACGACGCGGAGAUUUCCAUGAUCUCGAAGCUCAAGAUGUGCUGCGGCGCGCAGUUCACCUCGAAGAUGGAGGGCAUGCUCAACGACUUGGCGAUUGGCGGCGACCACCAAACGGAGUUUGACGCGUUCAUGAAGAAGAACCCGCCGUCCGGCGCCGUCAUCGAGUUUGGCGUCCAAGUGCUCACGACGGGUCACUGGCCGUCGUACACGCCGCUCGACAUUAGCUUGCCGCCGCAAAUGGUGCGCUACAUGUCGCUCUUCAAGAUGUACUACGACUCGAAGACGAGCCACCGCCGCCUCCAGUGGGUCCACUCGCUCGGGAACGCGACUGUGCGCGCGACGUUUCCGAAAAACAAGUGGUACGAUUUGCAGGUGACGACGCUCCAGGCCGUCGCGCUCCUCCUCUUCAACGCGAGCGACACGGACGCGUUUACGUUUGAGCACCUCCGCGAGUCGCUCAACCUCUCGGAAGACGUGGUCAAGCGCAUUUUGCACUCGCUCUCGUGCGGCAAGUACAAGCUCCUCACGAAGACGCCGAUGAGCAAGAACAUUGCGGUCACGGACACGUUUACGCUCAACCUCUCGUUUGCGUCGCCGAUGCGCAAGGUGCGCGUGCCCAUGGCGUCGCUCGAAGAGAGCCACAACCCCAAGCACGUCGAGGAGGACCGGUCGAUCGCGAUCGAGGCCGCGAUCGUGCGCAUCAUGAAAGCCCGCAAGACGCUGCAGCACCAGCAACUCGUCUCGGAGGUGCUCUCGCAGCUCGCGUUCUUCAAGCCCGUCCCCAAGCUCAUCAAGCGCCGCAUCGAGGCGCUCAUCGACCGCGAGUACCUCGAGCGCGACCCCGAGUCGGCGACGACGUACCGCUACCUGGCAUAAGAAAGCUGGAUCGACGGCCGCUAACGUUUUUAAUACAUGCCCGUGUAUCUUGGAUGC